AUGGCUACCAAAGCUAUUCAUAUAGAGGUAGUCACCGAUCUUACCACCUCAGGCUUCAUUGCCGCUCUCACACGUUUUGUGUCGAGACGCGGACUCUGUUCCGAUCUGUAUUCUGACUGCGGAACCAACUUUGUUGGUGCAAACUCGGAAUUACGCAAGGUAAUCCGUGAAACCAUCCUUGCACCUGAUUCGCAGGACAAAAUUGUUCAUUUCACCACCCCCAAAGGAAUUAACUUCCAUUUCAACCCCCCCUCUGCACCUCAUCAAGGUGGCUUAUGGGAAAGUGCCGUUAAAAGUGCAAAAUACCAUCUGAAACGGGUAAUUGGUGAAACCAUUUUAACUUUAACCCAAUUUCAAACUUUGUCCAUUCAAGUAGAGGCAAUGCUAAACUCGCGCCCUCUUACAGCUCUUAGUUCAGACCCUUCCGAAAUUUCUGUGCUGACCCCUGGACAUUUCCUCAUCGGAGCUCCAUUAGUUGCCCUGCCGGAACCUCACCUGUCUGAAGUGCCCUUCAAUCGUCUUCGUCAGUGGCAGCUUGUCCAGGCUUUUCACCAGCGUAUCUGGAGGCGUUGGCAGCUUGAAUAUCUCCACUCCCUCCAGCAGCGAUCCAAGUGGACCACCCCUCAUGAGAAUUUGAAGACCGGAGACUUGGUGCUCAUUCACUCCAAUUCACCUCCACUCACCUGGCCUCUUGGACGCAUCGUCUCCACUCACCCUGGCGCUGAUGGAACAGUUCGAGUCGUCACAGUGAAGACAGUUUCUGGGACUUUCACACGGCCUGUUCACAAGGUCUUCCCUCUGCCAUGCAAUGAAAACUAA